UAAUACCAAAAACAAUUGCAAGGAGUGAAGUAAUCCUUGAGAAUACUUUAGGAUUGAAAAGAAGAGGGAAAUAACAGCGCUGCAGGUGUGACUAACGCAGCGGCGCCUUCACACUUCGCCGCCGCCUCUGAGAUGGAUCCGCCAUUGUUAUUAGGGUUCGAAGAAGUAGCCAACGUGGUUGCAGAAUCGUCGUCGUCAUCAUCAACUGCACGAAGAUUAGUGCCUUGGUUGAAUUGGGACGAGUGGCUCUUUGUCAAACGCGCUCUCUUCUCCAAUUCUCCUCACUCUGUUUCAUCAGCUCUCAAACGAAUAUCCACAUGGCGAAGUCGAGGUUCUUUGCCGGUUUUAAUCGAAGUCACUGCUUCCAUAAUCGAAAUUCAACUCAAAGACUCCUAUUUCAGGCAGGAUCAAUUGAAUGAAGCUUCUCUUUCAGAGGAGAUGCUUGCUAUGCUGUAUUGCAUGGCGAUCAUGAGGCUUGUGAAUUGUGCUGUUGAGAAGACGCGCAAGAAAGAAGUGGCAUCGAUUGCAGUGACAGCUGAUGCAAUUGGUAUUCCGCGCAUGCUGAUUGAUAUUCGACAUGAGGGAUCACACCGUGAACUUCCAUCACUUAAGAUUGCUCGUAGUGCUUCUGUCAAGGCACUUGAUUGGUUAAAAUCUUAUUAUUGGGAACCUCAAAGCAAAGCAAUUCCUUUUCAAAGUGAAGGAAUAACAAAAGUCAAGAAAGAAAUUAAGUCUAAGAUUCGUGAAUUAGCUAUCUUCUUGAAAGUCAAUGGGAGUGUCCAGUCUAGUUCUUUACAACUAAAGGGAAAACGGGUCAAGCAUGGUGAAUUGCUUUUUGGACGAAAUAAACUAUUGUCUCUUAUGGUUGGGAAGAGUAAACCUUCACGAACUGGAGGAUCUAAGAAGCAGAUCAAGAAGAUCUUGAAAUAUGUUAUUCAAUUAUAUUCCUCCUUUUCUUCAGAAAUUGUUUCUGUGCUGUUGGAGUAUCUUUUGAAAGCUUUAAGUUCCUCAGAGUUGGAAGAGAAUGCAGAUGAUGUUUCUAUUGGUCCAACCACCGAGAAGGUUUUGGCUGAUUGGAAGCUUGUCAUACUUAAAUUGUGCAAUAAGGAACCAGAAUUACUUCUGAAUCUUCUUAAGGAAGUCCUUGAUAUGAUUGAGACUCAGGAAGAUAUAAAGCACGAAGAUAACCCAAAUAUGGGCAUUUUACAAUCAAGGACAGACUUUCGGCUUUCUUCUUUGUUUGCAUGGCUUGUCGGAAUUCUCAGUAGAGUUCCUUCUGAGGCAGCAAAUAUGCCAAAAGGAGUUUUGCUUGAACUUCUUCGUAGAUGUCUUCUAAUAUCACAACUUUUCAACAAGCAGCUCAUGGAUUCAGCACUUCAGCUUACAGAACUGAUGGAUGAUAACUACUUGAUGGAGAAAGCUCAAAAGUUCUCUCAGAUUAAUUUGUCCAAUUUAGAGCAUGCAGAUGAUCAAAACUCUUUAUUAACUUCAAAUAACAUUUUCCAAUUCGAGGAAUCUAUACAAGAAGCAACUAAAAAGCUAGAGUUAGUCAAGCAUCAGGUUAUGAAAAAUAAAAAACCAAAGGCUGUGGAUUGUGACUCUCAAAAAUCACAGACAUGGACCUUAGCAAAAUCAUGGAACCCGUGUCCAAUUGGAAUGUUGCCCCGAGCUGUUGGGUCAUCCGGCCGUCUUCCCGUUCUUGACAUUAUCAGUAAUGAAAAACAGAAUCAAUUAUCAUCUGGUUGUCUUCCCGAUGUUGACAUUAUUAACGACGAAGAACAAGAUGAAGUUUGUGAAAAGGAAGAGAAUUGGAAAUUGACCCCACAAGGUGCCAAGAGAGAUGCCACAAUAGACCUUCUGCAACUUGAUAAUUCAACUGUUAAGAAGAUGAAAAAGACCGAAGAAUUUAGUGAAUUAAACAUUGAAUUACCACUGCAAGCGGACAAAGGAUGUCUCGUAGUAGGCGGAGUUUGGAAGAAACUUACAGAGGAAGAGCUCCCAGUCAUUGAAUCUUCUGUUAGUAUUUUAGUUUAAUUUUUAGUUUAAGAUUGAAUUCAUGAUAUGUUAGUUAUCUGUAUCCUCAUCUGUUUAUUUCAUGAACAUAAGAGAAUCAUCACGUAGCUUAAUUACCUGCACCGCAUUCAUGCAUACAACUGGAA